AUGGCAGCAGGUGUUAGGAGUCUUACAAAGCAGCCAGGAAUGUCGGGCAGUGAGGGAGAUUUCUCUCUGCUGCAGGAUGCACUGAUUCGACAUGUGGAUUGUAGGGUGCGGUUGACUCCUGAGGUCCGUGAGCAACUGGAAAUCUUCCAAGAUUUUCUUCAUGGCCAUGCAAAGCGCCCCACAACACUGGAAGAGCUGGUACCAGGCGUUGACUUACACGUUGGCGCUUGUGAUGCGGCAAAGUCGGGAAGGGGAGGAGUGUGGUUCACAGAUGGUGGAGAGGCCAUCGUCUUGCGCGAACCAUAUCAAGAAGCAGUGAAAAAAAAGGUCAUUUCAGACCACAAUCUGACAGGAAAACUUACCAACUCAGACUUGGCGCUGGAGGGCACCGUUCUCCACCAUUUUGUCCUUGGAAAGACAGCCCAGGUGGAACGCAAAACCACUUACACUGGCUAUCAACUCUUGGCAACUGUACAGGAUUCCGAACGCCGUGAACUCCUUGAUGACAUCCGUGUUGUUGAACUCGGAAUCAAACGCGGAGUCUGUCCUUCAAGAGUUGCAAAGGCACACUCUGUCUGGACCACAUGGGUUGCCUUCUGCGACAGCCUCACCCUUGAUCCAGGAUUAUCAGCGGUCAACGAUCCCCUGCUCAUCGUCCUCCUCUUUGGAACCCAAUGGCGACAUGGAAAAAUUGCCCCCAGUAAGAGACAGGUCCGGGGUCGAACGGCUGAAGAUGCCAUGCGCCAGGUGGGCCAGGCCUUUUCCUCAUUGGGACUGCUCGAUCCGAGGAUGAACCGAUAUGCACCAGGAACAAUGGACUUUUGUUGGACACGGCUGCUGAAAAGUUGGAAGAAAGAGGGUCCAGCAGCACAACGAGUACGCCUAUUGCCCAAGUCCUUGUUAAGGCAAGCAUCAAAGCUCGCCUCAAAACCCACAAGCACACAUGCCGCAAAGGCAAUGAACCGAUUGAUGUGGUUGGGUUUUUUCUUUUUGUUACGUCCUGGCGAAUUUCUGUCAAAGGCGGGAACACAAUUUCCAUUCAAGUUGAAGCAAGUGUUUUUUUGUAUCAACAACGCAGAAUUUUGUGGCGACGUCAUUCCCCUUCACCUCCUGGACACGUCACUUGUGACAUUCGCCAGUCUGAUAUUUGACAAACAAAAAAAUGUGGUACCAGACAAAAAGAUCGGUUUGGGCACGUCAUUUCAUGGGGACAAUCCCACAGCUACGCUGAUUGCCAUUGCCCGGCACCUUCAACAAAGUCGACACACAACUGGCGAAUGA